AUGGCCAAUUUCUCUAUUUUUCAGCCACAAAUCCAAUCUUUGAAUUCAGCGCUUUAUAAUUUGACCUUGGUUCUUCUCAUUUGCUUCUCUUUUUUGGGACUCGUGAUCUGUGGAGUCAUCGCUAUUGUUAAAGUCUGCCGCGUACUGGUUCGAGGUCGUCGCUUUAAAAAACACUUGUCAAACUUCAUGUUCUUUCACUUGUCGAUCACGGAUCUGAUCUAUCGUCUAGUUGUUGUUCCAGGGUAUUUAGCUGCAAAAUACUUCCCUGUGGGGAACAGGUCAGAGCUGUUUUGUAAAUUCGCAGAUACAUGUCUUUACACAGUCUACACUGCUGUUUUUUCAAGUUUGGUUGUCAUUGCAUUUGACAGGCACCAGAGCAUCACAAAACCAUUUCAACAUCUUUGCCGUAAACCCAAGUUUUUUCGUUGGAUUUUGGUUGUUUGGGGAUAUUCCACUGUUUGCGCAUUGCCACAGUUUUUCAACGAUGGAAUUGGUACUUUUACUUUUAAUCUUGCCGAUUAUUCCAACUCAACUUACGUUUUUCAGAUCUGCAUCACCACAAAAGACGGUGCUAGUAAAAAAAUAUUGGCAAUAUUUUAUUUUAUUUCAGGUUUUCUUGUGCCUCUAGUGUUAAUAAGUAGUGCCUACUCUAAAAUCGCACUUUUUCUUUGGAGAAAAAGUCGUGAUCGUGUGUUGAAUCAAGCCGCAUUUAAAUCAAGAAGAAGAGCGUUUCAAAUGCUUGUGCUGAUAGUUCUUGGUUUUGUGAUUUGCCUGGGAACGCCACAAUUAAAAGAACUGAUGGAGUCGUUAGGUGUUGUUCAGGUUAACGCAGCUGUCGCCAUCACUGUUUUGAUUUUUCAACUGUCGAGUUCCCUUAUAAAUCCAAUAAUUUACAGUCAUUACUCCUCUGAGUUUAAACAUGGGCUUAAAAAUGGAAAAUAG